UCUCCGCCUCCCCGCAAUGCUCCAGAAUGCAGCAGGAGCUGUGGCUGAAGACCAAAUUACAGGUGCUCUCCUCCCUCAAGACAGUCAGUGCCAUGACACCUGCAACUACCCCUUCUCCGAAGAGCGCCAGCACCAGGGCGAGCUCAACCAAUGCUUCCCACUCACCAGCCAGCACCGGCCCCAGCAAUGCCAUCUGCACCAACUCAAAUAUGAAGGCCCGGCUGUGCGAUGCAGAUGAUGCUGUGAAACCUGAGUCUGCAAGCAGUAAAAACCUGUUAAGCCCACCCACUCCUGUUACACCCGACACUCCCAUCAACCCCCUGAAGGCAUCUAGGACCCACCAGGAGCUUCACAAGGAGCUGCUGCUGGCACACAAAAAAGGGCUUGUGGUCUGCAGCAGGCCGGAGCUGCAGCGGGUGCUGGAGAGGAGAAGGAGGGAGCAGACGCAGAGAGAGGAAGGGGAGCAGGCCAGGACUCCGCUGGAGCAGGUGCUGCUGGCCAGGCAGCAGAGACACCAGGAGAGAGAGAGGCAGCAGGAGAGGAUAAGCGAGGAGCCCCAGCUCUUGGAGUUUGUGCAAGUCCGACAGAACCUCAGGAAGAUCCAUUCUGCGCUGUACAAAACCACCACUUCAGAGGGCUGACACAUGAUUGGCCAAACUGCAGGAAUCGCUGUUUGUAGCUAAUUGAUAAGGAGCUUUCUUCAAUAGGCUAGGGAAGAGGACUUGCAGUCUCCGAUGGACCUAAAUGCUUAUUGGUUUGUUUCUUUUAAGGGCUUGACCCCUGUCUCCCCA